AUGCCUACAACGCUUGAGCUUGCCACUCGAGAACAAGAGCAGACACGGGGUUCGAGCCAGCAAUCAUUGGGCCUGGCCACAGAUGAUGCAGUUCGAGUGAAGCAGAAGUGGAAUAACCCCCAGAUCAACAAAUGGCGUCUGCUAGCUACCUUCAUCAGUUUCGCAUUGGUAGAAGCCAGCGAUGGAGCACUGGUCCCAUAUGGGAUUCGAGACUACAAGCUGUUUACCACAGUCAUUUCCUUGAUUUUCGUGACCCCUUUUGCAGGCUACGCCAUAGCUACGAUCAUCGUGAAUAAGACGCUUAUGACGUUUGGCCAGCGAGGCAUCGCGAUGAUCGGUCCCCUGUGUCACAUUCUCCCGUUCGUUGUGAUGGCCAUCCACCCGCCCUACCCGGUUAUGCUCGUCGCCUAUAUCAUCGUGGGCCUCGGAAACGGCCUGAUCGACGCAGCGUGGAAUUCUUGGACUGCGGACAUGAUCAAUGCAAACACAUUAAUGGGGUUUCUGAACGCAUUUUAUGGACUUAGGGCCACGCUAAGCCCAACGAUCGCAACAGAGAUGAUCAAAGCCGACUUACGUUGGAAUUUCUUUUACUACACCCUGCUCGGUCCUAGAACUUAUAGCAGGCAUGGCUACGUUCUGGCACGCCGACGCAACGAGCUUCCGUCGAGAGAACCGUAA